UGCGACGAGGGCAAGCCCAGCUGCCACAAAUGCCUGGUUCACGGCGUGGAGUGCCUGUACUCGGCGCCCGUCAGUUCAUCUGCCAGUCAUAGAGAAGGUGUGCCCAGCCCGGCGACGACGAUCCCAGCCAGCGGGCCAUCACCACCUCCGACCACAAGCACAGCAAUGGCAUCCGGCGGCUCCGACGAGAGCAUGGCUCCCGGGGUGCUGACGGUGUUUGAUCUGGAGCUGCUGCACCACUACACGACAUCGACGUGCUACACGCUCUCGCAGGCGAGCGCGGUGCAGGCCGUGUGGCGCGACAAGGUGCCGCGGCUGUCGUUCGGGAUGCCGCCGCUGCUGCACACGAUCCUGGCGGUGGCGGCGCUGCAUCUGGCGCGCAGCGAGCCCGGGCGAGAGGAGCAAUGCCUGGCGCAGGCGCAGCGGCAUUACACGAUCGCGAUCAGCACGGUGGUGCCCGUGAUGCCGCUGCUGGCGUCGCAGCACUGCGGCACGCUGUUUGUCUUCUCGUCGAUGAUGUGCAUCGUGGCGUGUGCGCGGCCGCCGGACUCGGCCAACUUCCUCGUCCUCUUCGAGCACGGGCACAUCUCCGAAUGGAUCCGCCUGGUGCGCGGCAUCAAGGCCGUGCUGGACCUGGGCAGCGACGAGUUCACCACCGGCCCGCUGGCCCCGAUCUUCGUCAACGGCGCCUUCCUGGCCGCCGCCCGCCACGAUCCCUCCGUGCUCGAGCAGGGCCGUCUCUACCUGUGGGGGGUGGCCAAGCUGGUCACCAAGCACUGCGCCCACGAGCCCGCCCUGCUGGCCAUCUACCGCGACGCCCUGGACGAGCUGGCCCGCACCAUGGCCGUCGUGAUGAAGUCGGACCGCCAGCAUCUGCCGCCGGAGCCGGGCCUCAUCUUCGCCUGGCUGCUCGAGGUGUCGGACGAGUACCUGAAUCUGCUGCAGGAGGGGGAGCCCCUGGCCCUGCUCAUCUUUGCCUACUUCAGCAUCGCCAUCCGCCAGGUCGAGUGGAUCUGGUGGAUGGAGGGUCUCAGCGAUCGCCUCAUCGCCCAGCUGCGUUCCACCCUGCACGCCCAUCACCCGGACUGGGUUCCGCAUCUCCCCUCUGGCGAUCUCUAUCAAAUAUGAGCAUGCCAGGCCUUAGCAUACGCAUUCAUUCACUUCAGCGGUCAUGUCUCACAUGC